AUGCGGAUCCAGCCAUCCUCGACUCUGAUCCACGAAAUCCCCAUGCUUGACACCAAGCAUCAUCCUCAGCAUAUUUUACCGAACACCCCACAGCAAAUUGCAACAGAUCCAAAUCCUGACCAGAGCUUUGCACCUCUAGAUAACUCAUAUGUUCCUCCAGUCUCGCUGUUGCCCCUGGCCCCAGGCCCCAGGCCCGUUGUGCGGUUCCAGACAAACGUUCUGAAGGACGGAAUCGUACUGGCCCUGGGAUUUCACCACGCCGUGUUUGACGCUACGGGAGCUGGACUAUUGAUCGAGAUGCUAGCCGAUUCCUGUCGGGGUGACCAUUUUCCAGCCCAAGCCCCGAAUAUUGAGCAUGAAGAGGAGAUCAGGUUGAAGCGCUCAGUGGACGAGAUAGGUAUUCUCGCCAACGAAUCGGACCGGGCAGACAAAGUACAAGAUCCCAACGGCAGCAAGACGGAGUCAGCUGCACAGGCACCCAUGGGAGAUUCAACCUGGGUUCCGCCGAAGCUGUCUGUCUAUUCCUUCAACCUCUCAGCAGCAAGCCUCGCACAUCUCAAGACCGCCUGCAACAAACUACUGCCUGUCGUUCUUAAGGCCCAGAACAGUGCUCUAGAGGAUGCCAAUGAAGAGAAGCUUUCGCAAGAAUUCGUCUCCACCAACGAUGUCUUGACCGCACUGCUUGCGACCAGCAUCUCUCAAGCUCGCAGCCGUGUAGCUGGAACCGAGCUUGUUCCCGCGGAGUCGAAGCUUGCCAUUGCUGUCAACCUACGCGAGAGAGCCUCUGCUCUCCCCCCAAAUUAUCUGGGAAAUUCCUUAACCGUCGCGGAGGCAUUUGUCCACUCCCUAGCCGCGGAAGAUGGUUUUAAUGGCGUCUCAGAAAAGCAGCACCACCCCGACAUCGGGAAUGCAUUCCUUUUAGAGAUCGCGAGGGUAGCACUACAGCUUCGGAAGUCGCUUGCUGCAAUUGACGACGCAUACUUCCGCGAGUUUGUAUCGCGCCUGUGGGCUGGUAAGAACUGGAGCCAGGUCGGAGCGAAUCUUCCCGAUACAAUGGUGUCGAGUUGGCGACGUCUCAAAGUUUACCGUCUAGACUUUGGCGCGCGUCUGGGUUGCGUUGUGGAGUUCCAACCCCAGGUUAUCUUGUUGGAUGGGACAUGUGUUAUCCAGCCAGAACGUGUGGCUCAUGAGAGAGAUCUCGCUGCUACGGUUCCGGAGGCUGGGUGGGAAGUUUACGUUACGCUACAAUCUGAUGCUAUGGAACGUUUCCUUCAUGAUGGGCUGUUUACCUCUCUUUCUCAAGGAGCGAUCAGACGGGCUUAA